ACAGUUGAUCACACACACAAAUCUCACCUGCUCCACACGACGGCGAUAAACAAUGCUCUGCGCGAGAGCUCGUCCCCUAUUUUCCUCCCCAUUUUCCCUCACUUUCUCGGCAGCCAAACACUCUCCAUCCCUUCUCCGCCUCCCCUGCCAGCGCUCCGUCUCGGCCGUCGCCGCCAUGUCCUCUUCUUCAACCCCUGAGAUCAUCGAACACAUCGUCCUCUUCAAGGUCAAGGACGACGCUGACUCCGGCAACGUCACCGCCAUGCUCAAUGGCCUCAACGCUCUCGUUUCUCUCGAUUCAGUGGUACAUCUCGCCGCUGGUCCCAUCCACCGCCCCAGAUCCGCCUUCACCCACGUCCUCCAUAGCCGGUACAAGUCCAAGGACGAUCUCGGCGUGUACACUGCACAUCCCGAUCACCUUCGCGUUGUCAAGGAAUCGGUCCUCCCCAACUGCGAUGACAUCAUGGCCGUCGAUUGGGUCGCGGAUCGUGUCCCCGGAACCCUAGUUCCGCCUCCGGGAUCCGCCGCCAAAGUCACGUUCCUGAAGCUGAAGGAGAAUGUUUCCGAUGAGGCGAAAUCGGAGAUUCUGGACGUGAUCAAGGGGCUUGAUGAGAAACUUCCGGGGAUUGAUCAGAUCACUGUGGGCGAAAACUUCUCUCCGGCGAGAGCGAAGGGGUUUUCGAUUGCGUCGAUUGCUUAUUUUGGGGAUUUGGGCAGAUUGGAGGCUCUUGAAGCUCAGCAAGAUCUGGUGAACUUGCAGAAGGAGAAGGCUCGUGAUCUUCUCGACGGCGUGAUGGUUGUUGACUAUGUUGUUCCGUCGCCUUCUAGCCUGUAAGAAGUUCAAAUUGCAAUGAUUCUUAGACUCUCUUACUCUUGAAUAAGACGAACCCUUCAUGCUCCGAUCAGAAUCCGUUAGCGUCUCUGCGGAUUUGAGAUCGAAUCAACAUGUUGUGCAUUUGGGUGAUUCUGGUUUUGAGAUGCUUCGAUUUCAACAUCGGCAAUUUGGUAUCA